CUUAAAAUGAGUGAUUUGCUUAAAUAAACUCUGAAAGGGUAACAAAAAUAGAAACCACCUGUUCCAAAAAAAUAGAUGCAAAGUACAUUAAAUAUAUAUUGAAAGAUGAAGAGGAAAAUGAAGAUGAUGAAGAUGAUAAAGAGGAAGAAUAAGAUUAAUUUGAUGUAGAUUUUAAGUAAAGUGAAUGAUCACAUAAUUAAUAGCAAGAAUUCUAUUCCUGUUAAGUUACAAGGAUCUAAACCAUAACCAAUAAAAGCAGAUCAUAAUAUUACUCAUUGUAUGAUUAUAAAUAUGAUAAGCCCAUCAUUAAAAUCCUUAAUAAGCUAAAAUAACUAAAAAGAUUCAUGACUAUACACCUUAGAGAUGGAAUGAGUUUUACGAUGAGAUGAUAUUCCAUCCAAAUGUAAGAAUGUAGAAAUAAAAUAGGGUACACCAAUAUACAUAGCUGGAAAAAAUAAGGCACCCAUAUUUUUUUGUUUACAUGGAGCUGGACAUUCUGCUAUGUCAUUUGCAAAUUUAGCAAAUGAAGUGAAGCAGUAUGCAACCUUGAUUUCGUUUGAUUUCAGAGGACGUAAAAACACUAACUAAAAUAAUAGAUGGUCAAUCAAAAAUUGAAUUGGAAAAUCCAAACCUAAGUGUUUAGUAGUUAUUGGAUGAUGUAGUUGAAAUAUUCGAUUAUGUGACUACAUAAUGGCCAAAACAGACAGUGAUAAUAGUUGGUCAUUCUAUGGGAGGUGCUAUUGCAGCUAAAUCUGCGAAUUUACUAAUAACAUCAUAAAAGGCAGAUAAAGUGUAGGGUAUUUUGGUUUAAUAUUCAUACAUUAGGUUUGAUAGUGAUAGAUGUAGUGGAAGGAAGUGCAAUCGAAGCCUUGCCAUUUAUGGAAUAGAUAGUAAAUAACAGACCUAAACAUUUUAAAUCAUAUGAGUAAGCGAUUUAAUGGAGUUUGAACACAUCAACAUUAAUGACUUUAUCGUCAGCCAGAGUAUCAAUCCCAGCAUAAUUAAAAGAAGUCAAAGAUUAGAAUGGAAAUUUGAUAAGUUUAGAUUGGCAAGUCGAUUUAUUGAAGACUGCAUCUUAUUGGAUGGGUUGGUUUGAAGGACUAACCAAUUCCUUCCUGCAAAUAAGAAUACCAAAAAUUUUGAUGUUGGCUGAGAAAGAGAGACUGGACAAGGAUCUUACUGUGGCUUAGAUGCAAGGAAAGUUCAGAUUGAUCGUGCUGUAGAAUACUGGGCAUAGUAUUUAAGAAGAUGAUCCUAAAAGCACUGCUUAUAAUUUCCAUGAUUUUAUACUAAAAUUUAGAAUCCCAACCACUGUUGAAGAAGUUGAAAAGCUUAAACAAGUUGGAAUUGGAAAGUUUCAUCCCACCAUUGGGAAUUAUGAAUAUUAAUAGAAAUAUUAUUGA